CAAAAAAAGAAGUGUAAAUCGUGCUGCGAACCAACUGCACCAACUGGUCGAAGCAAGCCUACUUUUCCCACCGUACCUUAUAGAGGGAUAUCCCUUGUGAGCGAACAGGAAGUCGAACAUCGAUUGCAAACAUCGGCUGAUCUUACCUUGCACCCACAUUGCUCCAAUCCUCUGUUCAUUGCAACAAAAAAAGCACGAACAACGAAAAAAGCCAGCGGAACGAGCUAGAAGGAUGGCGAGGAAUUGAUUGCUUAAUUUAUCCCAACCCCGAGUGUGUGUGUGUGUAAGAAAAGAAAAAAAAAAACACCCAAUCACAAAGAGAACACAUUUCGCAAUUGCACACACACACACACACGUAUACAGGCAGCAAAUGCGUUCCUCGUCAUGCCGUCUUGCCCGUAUGCACCACUGCAGCUUGCUUCAAAACGAAGAAAACGGUUUUCUUGGGCGAGUGGCAAACCCUCUAAGUGCACAUUUUUGGCAAUCCCAUGCACUUGCAGCGAGUUGCACCCGAGAGGACGGUGAGCAUUCCCGGCGAUCGAGAGUAGUUGUAGCUGCGCGAUCGGUGAAGAAUGUCACCGCUUCUCUUCCCUUCGCUCACUCACUCGAGGCCAAACAAACAAUGUAGCUGUGAUAUACUUCAUGUAGUUGUGCUCAUGGUGAUGCUGUUUGAAUGAACUGAACACAGCUCAUCCGCGUUCUAGGUUCGCGCAACCAACCAAAAAGCACAAUCAUAACUAGUUUCGAGUGUACAUGUGAGUGUGUGAGUGUGUGCGUUUGUUUGUUAACCAGAGAGAAAGAGUAGUAGUGUUCUAGAAGCUAGCCUGACCAUCCCUAUCGAACUCUACCCAUCAACGCUACCAAUAACUCCACCGAAACACCAACUCUGGUGUACCAAAACAUCUCCAAAACCGUGCAAUAGUGUACAUGCCCCCCGAUCCCCCUUUUCCCGUACGAGCAAUUUCAGACCGAAACCCUCCGAUCGAGCUUUGAAUGAUUCUAUCCGAUCACGACCCGCAAGCCGACAGCACACAUCGUUCAAGAUAGCACCAGAACAGUGCGAGAAGACCCGUGUUACCCAUCGAAAGGGGAAAAGCAACGAGAGCGAGAGCCCUAACAAGCCCACCGGCACCAGUUUGAAGGACACCUCGGGUCGUCCCCAGUGAGGCGAUGGCGAAGGGUGCAAAAAGGAAGACCAAAUGGGUGUCCUUGUCGCUGGCCAACGCAAACACCAAAACCUCGAAUGCGACCGGCUCGGAUAGCGAACAGACGCAGGUCCACCAUCACCAGCAACAGCACCAUGGAGAAGGACACAGGCACAAAAUGCACAAUGGCGCUACUAGUCUAGCUGCAAAGGUCGGAAAAGAGUUUGCACCUAGAACUGAUGUAAUAAUAGAAGAGCAGCAGCAGCAUCAGCAGAAGGAAAUGCAAGGAAAUGAGCGUGUGCAGGAGCAAAGUGGGAAUCGAACCGACACCAGCACCGGCAGCGACUGUGUGGCAGGCUCGGAACGACGUCCCAUCGGUUCCUACCAUAGACGUCGACCUCCUCCGUACAACAACUCGCGAACCAGCUGGAGCGGAGGAGCGGCGUCCUCCGGAUCGAACAAUGGCCGCAGCGGCCAUUACCACCGUAACGGUUACUAUGGUAAUGGGGGUGGAUAUUAUGGCGCGGGCAAACGGUCGCACUACGAGCACUACCCACGACGGCAGCAAACUUCGGCCAGCACGAACAGAACGACCUCCGGCGAGGGAGGAGAAACAGGAGGAACUACGAUUAACGACGAUGAGUACACCCGAAUAACAACCCCGCGACAGGACGUGCUCUUCAAGAAGGGCUACCUGUCCCGUCCGAAGCCUUCGGUAGCGACGGCCAGUACGUCGAACACGGGCUCCAGCUCGAUCGCGGCCACCACUAGCGAGGGCAGCGAUGGGGGCAAUGGAGGCAGCAACAGCAUUUCCACGACGGAAUCCAUCACGUCCGAGUACGGUGGGUCAUAUGCGGCCGACGGCAGCCAGCUGAUUGACUAUUCCUACCCCUGCAUUCCGUGCGGCUACUUCACGGAGACGGGCGUACUGGUGAUGAAUGGUUUUGCUGUAGACAACAAUGGCUUUUCGUACUUUAACGGUGGCCAGACGUACAUCUACCCACCGAACUACAACAACUGCCAACCGUCACCGCCGACAGACACGACGUCCGCCGGGGACCAAACGACGGAUUCGAUGCUUUACGCAAAUGACAAUGCAACGGACGAAACGAACGCGAACGAAUCGACUGAUCUGCUGGAUGGAUCGUCUCCGAACCAUGCGCCACCGGUCGGUGAUGUUGAGGCUGUGGCGCAGUACGACAGCAACACAGCUGCCGUUGGCGCUUACGGUGAGUGCGGUGACACCGCCGGUGAUGGUCAGUUCUACGCGAACGGUGCCCUUCCCACGCUGGAGCAGGUGCCGGAAGAGAUCAUUCCGAACGGCGAACCACAGCUGGCCGGGGAGCUGAUGGCCGCUGAUGCUGCUGCUGCUGCUACUGCUGCUGGCGCAGUGUGUGACGUGCAGGAGCCGCAGGACUACUCGGAGAAUGGGUUCUUCCCGUACACGAAUGGGUACGAUUUCGCUCAGUUCUACAAUUCGCUUUGCUAUCCCAACUGGUUCAUGGAUCAGUGCCGCAUGUAUGAUGAUGCUGGUUUACCAUUAUACUGCGGUGGCGAGUACGCUAUGACAAAUGAGGAGGUCUACGGACAUCAGCCGAGCUUUAAGAAGCGCAAAAAGCGGUUCCGUACCUUUGAGGAGAUGCCGGCAAUAAACGGUAACUCUUAUGACGUUGGAAACGCCACAUCUGCAAUGGUGCUUGAACCCAACGCUACCGGUAGCGAGACUACCGAAUGUGUGCCAGAAAGCCAAGUUCCUUCUAAAGAUGCGCCUCUUCAGUCGUAUCAACUAAAUGCCGACGUGCAGGAGUUCCAGCCUGCUGCACUGCCGGUGGCCAACUCACUUCCAAACGCCACCAAGAUUGGAGCCGUCUGUACCACGUCGAAUGACAAAGUGGAUCAUCACAGCACCAAGCCAGGCAACGCUCAACCAGUGGCGAGAAAUCGUCAUCCAGUAGCACCAAAAGCUUCAAAAUCUACGUCCAAAGUAGUAGUGGCCGUGCCUGCUGCUGCCCAUGCUGCCGUUACUUCAGAGUCAGCUACAGCACCAAACCCAUCUCCAGUGCCAGUUGGUGGAAAGCCAACGUCCAGCAAAGCUAACCGCAAGAAGGAUUUGAUCGAGUCGACGCUUGCCUUCGCCGCCCAGAACAUUGAUCUCACGCGCCCGAAAGCGGCUGCAUCGGUGUCCCACGAGAGCGACCUGUGCUGGACCACCAUCGAUCGGAAUGGCCGGAAGAAGCGUGUUGCAUCGGAGCUGCCGGAGCAGGAUGCGGUCACUGCGCCUGGAGCGGAGAAGGAAUCUGCUGCGGAAGAGCGCGCGAACACGAAACACACGAACGGCGACACAGUGCAGCCAGUUGCACCGACACAAGCUGCGCCUACUACGGUAGAAUGUUCCACGGUGCCGGACGCGAACGGUAACCGGGAGCAGCCAACUAAGAGUAAGAAAAAGACACACAAGCACAAAAGACAGCAGCUCCGGAAGUCGGUGGGCAACUUCAGCAAGCAACCGCUGGAAGGAUUUCAGCUAAUCGAGCCAGACUUUUCGUCCUCGGCGGCGGGACACCGCCGUGGACGAAGUGGUGAUAAGGCAGGACGUGCUGAGACGAUCACGCCGAAAGCUAGCAAUGAAGAGGCAACACAGAAUGUUGAAGUCAGCAAUGAGAAGCAACCGUCCUCUGCGUCGGACGGCCCGGAGCAAGGUACGGCAUCAUGUGAGGGAGCUAGUCGCGUUGCUGAAGAGGUUGCAGAGGUUGCAACUACAGAUGCCGUGUAUUGUGAUAAGGAAAGCGAUAGUGUGCCAGCCGAAGUAUCGCCCACGGAAGAGAAUGUUGCGUUGGAGGUAGAGGAAGUAAUCGCUCAAAAAGUCAUCCCCUCGCUAGCCGUUGCGGUGGAGGAGAAAACUAAUCUAAACGAGACUGAGACUGAAAUGCACCACCAACAAACGAUGUCUGUGGACGUCGAGCAACUGGGAGCCAGGGAACAGGAGCCAGAAGUUGAAGUUAUCGCCGAAGGAGUGAUCGAGGAGAGCAAAAAUGACUCCAAAUCGGUUGCUCAGGAACCUGAAGUGGUGGAAGAGUUGUUGAAUCAUGUUGCCGAAGGAGAUGUUAAGAUUUUACAGCAGCCAACCGAGCUUGACAUCCCACUGACUAAUCAUUGUGUAGAGGAACCCAUAGUUCCCCAUGAUCUCGAUGAGUCCAGCGCAGUUUUGUCUCACCCGGUCGAAAAGAACCAAACAAUGGACGUCCAGCUGACGAUCGACACGCACGUGCUUACCAGUGCUGCCAAACAGCUGACGAUCAGUUCCGUCAGCAGCCCCAAAUUGCCCACACUCGAAGAGGACGAAACGGAGGAGCAAGCCGACGGGGCGGAUGAUGGCAUUGGAUCGGAGGGUGACGACGCGCGUCCCAAGCGUGGCAGCGUCUCCGGCGCCGGAUACACCGAAAGCAUCGACUCAGGUCUACAGAGCCCGGCGCCGUGCGGUGGAGUUGCCUCGCCCGAAACCUCCUCCAUGGUGAGCUCAAUCGAAAGUCAACCGGCCAGCGGUGAAUCGAGCCAGUCCGCUCUGACCCAGGUGGUAGGUUCGUGGCUGUUGCGAAAGCUGGAAGUGCACGAAACCGAGGAGUUGUUUGUACUGCCGAGCAAUCCGCUGCUGAUUCAGCGUCUCGAGCGAUUCCAUCAGCUGCAGCGCCGCGAACGCCGCGAACGACUUCGGGGAGCGAUCACGUCCGAGUCGGAGGGGGAUGAAGAUGAAGAGUACGAUCUCGAGGGAGAGGACACGGACAGUGACUACAUGAGCGAUGGACAAGGAAGGCUAGAUCGCACACAGUCUGACGACGCCAACAGCUCCCAGCCGGGAUCGCCGCUUAACUCCACCCAGCAAGAAGGUGCUGAUGCUGCCUCGAAAACUCUGCCCAAUGAUGCACAAACGGCGCAGACACUGUUGGUCGGGCUGGAUGAGAGCAAGCGACAGGCACCAGCAGUCCAUGCCAGCGGGGAACACAAAUCCGCAACAAUGGUGCAUCGGGCGGCCGACUCAAAGCGCUGCUCGAUCAUGUAGGGAUCGGCUUAACAUGACGCAGCCAGCCGCCGACACGCUCAUCAUCCUCACAUUAUACAUACACGUUACGCGCGAUGAUAACCUGAGCAGCCUGUCAUCCCCCACGAAACUCACACGUGACACACCGCUCAUUGCCUUUUUCCUUCAUGCUGAGAUAUUUCGUAAGAAGUUUUGAUCUAAGAUUUUCAUAAUCAUGCAAUUAGGUUGUUAAACACGGUACUAAUAGUAGGAGAAAGAAAAGGAAAGCAGCAGACACACAGCAGCACAUGAUCCUCAAAGGGGAAACAUCCACCCGACAGUACACCGUCACCCACUGUCGAAGGAGUGUGUGUGUGUGAGUGAGCUUUCCGAUACAACGAUAUCAAAUUGCGAAUCGCGAGACGGCGAUACGGUUAAGGUUAUUCGUAAAUUAGUAUACUAUGGCACUCGUACUAUAAUCGUACUCAACCCGCCCCUACAGCGUUCGUUCACCGUAGAGCUGCUAACUGUUAAUAAACAGAGCUUCACGAAAAGAAGAAGAAGAAGGUUAAAAAAAAAAAGAAAAGUAAAAUGCACUUCCGUUACGGGGAGGUGGGGGGUUAAAAAAGAAAGGAUCGUCGGAUGAGCGCUCUUCUUCUGGCGCUAACUCAUGCUGUUGUUGUUUUAUUCGCCGCAACAUACAAAAUAAUCAAUUUUUAGAUUCUUUCUGCAUUCAUUAGACAGUUUUUCUUUGUUUUUUGUUUUGUUUUCUAGAAGAAGGAACACACCCAAUGCUCCCGCUCUCGCCUAAAAACACUCGAUUAAAGCGCAUUGUUUAAUGCACGUUGUUGAACGUAAUUCUUGCUAGAGGAUAUAUAACUAUUAACAAUAAUGAAUAAAUGAGUUGCAUGCCUACAAAAGCAAGCAAUUUAAACGCUGCAGAUGUAACUGCAGUAGGAAAUAAAUUAAUAUAAAAAAAACAGCAGAAAAAAA